ACAAACCAGACGUAAAUCGUAUCGUCCAGAGCCAUCAUAAAUAUGUAUGAGUUUUACUCCACAAACUUUAACUAUCAGCCGCCGGCUUAUCCAAAUCCUUAUGCCUAUAACGGGCCUGAUAUGAAUUCAUCGUGUGCACACCGGUUUCCAGGCUAUGGGUUCCAUUCUCCAGGCCCAAUACACACAACUGCUGCUGUACCAAGCUACCAGCCUUGUGAGCGAGUUUCGAACGUCUCAAGAUUGGAGAGCGUGAGAAUGGCCAACAACACGCCCUUGCGUUCAGAUUUCUGCACUAAAACGCUGCACCAUUUUCCACCCACUCCACCACCAAACAUAAACACCAUCAACUGCAGCGAUGAGCCGCUAAAGAAACAAAGCAUGGAUAAAAUGCUUGAGGACAGCGAUGAAGAAGGUUCCAAAAACAAGGCAAGGAAGGAAAGAACAGUAUUCACAAAAUAUCAGCUACACGAACUUGAAAAAGAGUUUGGCCGAAACAACUAUUUAACCAGACUGCGUCGAUACGAAGUGGCUGUCAGUUUGGACUUAACAGAGAGACAAGUGAAAGUAUGGUUCCAGAACAGAAGAAUGAAAUGGAAAAGAGUACGAGGAGGAAUACCCCCCAAGAAAACUGCUUAUGCGGAUCAAAUGGAUCUGGCAAUUUAUUGAACAGUGGUACGAAAGAUUCUAAUUUUUCGUCAUAAAGUUAUUGGUGCAAACUUAAAACACUGUAAGGUCUAUUGAUCAAGAAAUUAUUUGCCUUUUGUUACCAAAUGUUAUGAAGGAAUUUUUCUUUGAGUUCAUGUUCUAUAUUAUUAAGUGAAUGAACGAAAUUGCAUUUUUCAAAGUUUUGAUCAAUUCUUCCUCCUUCAGACGAUGGUUAAAAUAACAAUUUUUUUUAUAUAUAUAGAAUUACCUAAUUGAUUGAAAUAGGAUUGACUGAUUUUAAUUUAAAACCAGCACCGCACCAUGCACUCACUUGUUAAAUGGUUUUUCUUCAACCAUUGUCUUUUACAUUUAAUUUACAUUCAACAGCACUGUAUCGAAUCUCCCAAAACAUCGAAUCAAACCCGACCUUCGAUGUCCCAUAAUUUCCUUCAGGAAGUGUUAAGCUCAUAAGGUAUAACACUUGUGCAAUUUCACCUGAUUUAUUCUCCAAUUAACAGGAAUUACAUUGGGCUAACAAACGCUA